AUCGGUGAAGAAAGAAGAACCGGCAAAAUUACCGGUCGCGGCGGGUGCGCCAAAUAUUGCGGCAACGCACCUACAUCCGGCAACAUUUCGUUCUCCAGCUUCCGCCAAUCUUUCACCUCAAAUGUCAAUUACUUGAAACGAAGAUUCUCGUCGGGAGACCUCAGCUCGGAGCUAGAUGACGACGAUACCAGCUCCGGGCUGACCUCCGUCAGCCAGCAGGACGCAGUGCCGUCCUAUCAGGGCACCGCCUCCUCCGAGAGGCCCCUGCAGUCCCAACCGACACCCGCGCCACCCCCCAGCCAGCCUCCGGUCCCCGGAGCACCACCCUCGGGGGCACAGCAGCCUGCAGGAGGCGACCUGAGUCUCAAUCUGCGCCCCGGAUCGCGGACCACCAGCGCCCCUUCAUCCCCAGCUAAAACCAGGGAGAGUCUUUUGCAGAGGGUUCAGAGCCUGACAGGAGCUGCUCGUGACCAGGGUGCUUCGAUCUUGGGCGCCGCGGUUUCUGGAGCAACGCGCGGUCCUUCCUACAACAAGGAUCGCUGCUUCACUCUGCUAGUGGUGGACGACCAGAACACCGAUUGGAGUAAAUACUUCCGAGGACGUCGGCUCCAUGGAGACUACGAGAUCCGGGUUGAGCAAGCCGAGUUCCGGGAGCUUUCGCUCACCGCAAGCGAGGCGGGAACGAUCGUCUCCAUGGCGGUAUUUCGAAACGGCACAAAAGUGAUUCGAUCCUUCAAACCAGACUUCGUGCUGGUUCGUCAAAAUCUCCGCGACGCUGGCGAAGAUUACAAGAACUUGUUACUAGGAUUGAUGUACGGGGGUGUUCCGAGCGUCAACAACUUGACGGCCAUCUACAACUUCCAGGACAAACCGUGGGUCUUCGCGCACCUGCUUGGGCUGCAGCGCCAUUUGGGACGAGACAACUUCCCACUUAUCGAGCAAACCUAUUAUCCCAACCACCGCGAAAUGGUGACUGCCUCGAAGUAUCCAGUCGUGGUGAAGCUCGGACACGCGCACGGGGGAGUCGGAAAAGCUCGUGCAGAGACCAGCCAGGAAUUCGCAGAUCUUGCAUCACUCGCAGCCUUGUCGAACGCGUACGCAACGGCAGAGCCUUACAUCGACACGAAGUACGACGUCCACCUGCAGAAGAUCGGGAACAACUACAAAGCCUUUAUGCGCAAAAGCAUUAGCGGUAAUUGGAAGUCCAACACUGGAUCAGCGAUGCUGGAACAGCUGGCAGUCAUCGAUCGAUAUCGAGCAUGGGUGGAUCAAGUUUCUCAGCUGUUCGGAGGUUUGGAUAUUUGCGCCAUCGAGCUGGUCGUUGGCAAGGACGGACGCGAGUUCAUCAUUGAGGUAAAUGACAGCGCUUUGUCUCUGAUGGGCGACUCUCAGGAGGAAGAUCGACGCCAUAUCGCUGACCUCGUCACUUCAAAGAUGCAGGCUUGCUGUCGAUUGCCGAGCGCACUCACCAAGACCACAUCUCGAGGCUCGGUUUCCAGCACGAGCCAGGCGACAAGUCCCGUUGACGAACGACCGGCUCCGUUACCGCCAACCAUGGCUUCGCAUGGGAGUAUGAGCUCCAUGACGAGCAUGGGCAGCGUUGGAUCGAUGGGUUCGACAACAGCCCUUGCCGGCGACGUCACCACUUCUGACAGCCAUCAUCAACUUCAGCGUCGUGAUUCUCAAGCAUCGCAGUCGAGCACCGUGAGUAGCGCUCCAUCGGUUGGUCGUCGUCCAGAGGACCCACCUCUAUCUCGAGUACCGUUCCACCGUCAGGGUAGUCAAACGCAGGUACAAGGCGAGGAUACCGAGGACACGAUGAAGAAUCUACGGAAAACUUUUGCUGGAAUUUUCGGUGAUAUGUAAGGUAUUGUUACAGAUAUGCGACAACGACGGUGCGCAUUCGAUCAAGCAUCAUCAGGCGGUAAUAUUGUAAGAAGCGGAGGAGAAAGAAUUGAUGGGUUAGGGACAGGGGGGGGGGGGGAUGGGGGGAUGCGAUUCGGACGUACUCCCGGAUGUCAUGCCGUACCAAUUAUCAGGAAGAAGAUGGAAUGAAAUGAUGAUGAGUGGUGAAGUUUUUUUUCUUAUUUUUUAUUUUCAUUUUAAUUCUCCGCGUAAAUAUUGCCGGAAUUUUAUAACAACGGAACAACGUUUUCGGUGACUUAUCCUGGUGUACUGCUUGAAGAUACGAGAGAUCAAAAAUAUGAAGUUGAAAAAAACAAACCAAUACUAAUAAUAAUAAUAACGGUAACAAUAAUAUUGCUAAUAAUAAUGAUAAUAAUACAAGUAAUGAUAAUAACAUAAAUAAAAAUAAAGUAAAGAAUAUCUAAGGCAGAGGAAGAUGUUGUGGUAAACGUGCUUGGGGAAAUUGACGUAAUUUUAUCAUUUUAUGUUUUCGUUUUUCCGGCAAGAGAGAAAAUAAAAUAAGAAAUUGAAAAAAAGUAGGGAAAAAAUUUUAAUAUUGCCAAGGCAUUUAUAUCAUUUGCUGUUGCGAGCUUGUUGUAAUCGUUAUAAGUAUAGUUGCGUGAAAAAUCAUGGCCUAUAAAAGGGUCAUUCCAUGUAAAUUCAACGACGUUUCGACGGUGACCGUCUUAGAUUUUUAUGAUUUUUUAAUAUGUUUUUAUACAUAUAGAAAGAAAUCCUCAGCUAAAUUUUUAGCUCUUUAUCUCUC